AUUUUUUUUAGAAGUGAAACUGAAGGAAAUAAUAAGCGCGAACUGUGAUAGAGAGAUAAUAUUGAAAUAUCUGAACAAUGUUUUACACUAAGAAUAAGAACGAAUAGAAUUGAUAAUAAUUUUUUCUGAUUUAUCUUAUUGAUGGUGUAUCUGUAUGAUUAGUUUUAUCUUUUUGGUAUGAGAUUUUUAAUGUGCUUGUUGGUUACCUUUUCUAAGAUAAAAUAAAUGUCUUCGAGAAAUAAAGCUCGUAAAUCCACUGGCCCUAGAGCUACAUCAACACCUCAACUGAAUUCCACUAAUAGAACUUUGAGGCAAAGAGCAUCUACUCAAGUAACCAACAGCUCCCCUACACAAGGAGAAUCCUCUGAUUCUGAUGAGCCCACUCAACGACUUAGAAGUAAGACUCAGAAUUCUACAAUCCAGAGCACCCCAGGUCCGUCUGGGUUAUCCUCACGGCCAAGCACUUCAAGAGCUGCUGCAGACUCAAAUAUUAAUGAUCAGUCAACAUUAAGAUUGUCUAAUGGAAGGCAUCGAAACUCAACUUCUGAAUCAGAUACUACUUCAGAUUCUGAUGAAGCACCUGGUCGAAUCAAAGCAACUCAAGAAAAGAAUAACCCUUCAAAAAGGAGGAAAAUAACAAGAAAAAAAAAUCAUUCAGAUUCUGAGGAGGAUUUUUCACCAAGUCCUUCUAGCAGAACAACUUUAAAGUCUAGAAAUGUGUCUAGUUCACUUAAUAAAUCAGUUUCUUCUAACAAAUCAUUGCAGUCUAGAGAUAUGUGUAGUUUGGUAAAUAAAUGUGUUUAUUACCUCUUGGUUGCUGAUCAAAAGAAAUAUGCGAUAAAGCAAACUGAUUUACAAAAGCAUGUAUUUGCAGGAUCUGGACGUAACUCUUAUAAAGAGGUAAUCCAUGAAGCUAGUGUUGUUCUCAAAAAGACUUAUGGAAUGGAAUUAGUUAAAUGUGAAAAACGAAAAGGUGAAUUCAUGUUGAUAAAUGUUCUAAAGCCCGACCUUGGUAUCCAAAAAUUUAUUGACCUUUCUUCUUCAGAACUUCAAAAACGUGGUUUGCUCUUCUAUCUUCUGACCGUCAUUUUUAUGAAUGAAGGAUCGAUUACAGAUGAUGAACUGACUAAUGCCUUAAAACCACUUCAUAUUGAUCUCAAUGCUAGAUUACUACAUCCUGUGUUUGGUGAUGUGCGUGGUUAUUUGACGAAAGAGCUUGUGAAACAAAAUUAUUUGGAACAUAAAUGUAUUAACAAAGAUCCACCUCAAUAUGAAUUCUGUUGGGGAGAAAGAGCAUAUCAGGAAGUGGAUAAAAAAGAUUUGCUUAAAUUCGCUUGCCUGAUUAUUGGUGACGUGCAACCUGAGGAUUGGAUUUUACAAUAUAGUGAUGCAACGUCCAGAGAGCAAGGCCCAGCAUAAUCAAAAAAUAUUUAUCGCGUGUAUAUAUGAGUUCAUAUGUCAUGCUGUACAAAUUUCAUAGCAGAAAAAAAAGAAAAAAUUAUUAAUUUAUUCACAUGAUCAUGUGAUAAUUGCUUUGUUGUGAUCUAAAUUGUGCCUUGUACAGUUUGCAAAAAAAAAAAAUUAUGAUAAAUAAACAAAUUACUCUGAAUAAUUUUGGAUGUAAUAGUUGGAUUUUCAUGUACUGAAACUCAAAAUUAAUGGCUAACAGGGUGACUUCAAAUAUGCUAGUCAAUUUUUGCUGACAAUAAUUUAAGUAACUAAAUCAAACAGAAAAGUGUAAUAAUGCAUGGGGAAUAAUCACAAUCUGUGAAAUGUACUCCCAAUAGUAUGGCUUGAUGAGCAGUCCAAAGUUUGUACACCUUAAUGUUGAUUAUACUUUUUGCGAAGUUAGGCAUAUUGUGAAAUUGCUUUAAGUAAAUUGUAACAUUUUUGCACACAAUUCUAAAGUUUGUUAAUUCAAAAAUAAUUCAUUGCAAAAAAUAAUUUUAUAUUAUGCCAUUUAAACUUAUGUUCUUUAAAAUGUAAAAAAAUUCAUGCCUUAGAUUCAAACUCUUAUAGACUAUUAUUAUAUAAAAAUAUGUGGAAAAAAUACUUGAAAAUAAUUUUUUGCAUGAAAUUAUCUUUGAUUAAACACAUUUUAUAAUUUUGUGCAAGUGUUUCACUUUGCUUAAAAAGUUCAUGGGAUAUGGCAAAAUAUGCAAAAAAGUAUUAUUAACAUACAAAAUUAACAAUAAGUUUUGGGUAAAUUUGUGUACAAACUAUUGGGGCCAUAUUCCCCCCAUAUGGUGGCUAUCCCCUUUAUUUUGAGGUUAUUAAUGAAAAUCCAUUGAGAAAAAAAAAGUACACUUUCGUGUCUGAUUUUGAAAUUUAAAACAUCGCCUGCACAAUUUAAUAAGCAGUUUAAGGUCAACCUGUAAACCAUUGAGUUUCAGUCCCAAUAACUGAAAGUCCGAUCUUUAGAUUAAAAGUUAUUUAGGGAUAUUCGUUAUUUUUUUUUCUGUACAUGUUUAUUAGGAAUUGUCCCUUACAUGUCUGUAACAUAUGAAGGUGUUUUUUAAAAGAAUUUAUCACAAUUUGCAUUGUGAUUGUUGUAUGCAUCAUUUUGUAAUAAAAAUUAAAGCAUUUCAAACAGU